CGGACCACCUCCACCUUCUCCACGCAGCAUCUUUCCCUUCAGGUGAGUCUGCGUGGAGUUUCCUACCUGAUCCCGUCACGGAGCCGCGCUCAGCCUCGAACCAGCGGCGGCAGGAAACGCGGCGAUGAGGCGGAGACAUCUGGCACCGGGGUCCGGACUGCGAAACUAAAUAACGGGCCGGUGAGGAGCGGAGGGGAGGAGAGGGACGAGCAGAAGGAGGCAGGAGGGGGGAGAAGUGUUGAGUCAGUGCAGGGGGGACGAUGGGAACUGUUGGUUCUGCAGGAUUCCGUCUCUGAACAGGUAGAAACCACAGCAGGAGCGACGCUGGACACGGAACGUUUACGCGGAGCCGCUUUGACGCACCGCUCAUCCAAACGGCCACCAGGUUGAAUUCUUCCUCUCCGGAGUCAGAACCAGGAAGCUCCAUGGGAGUUUUAAGCUCCUCGUUUAAUUAAAGGACCUUUCUAUAAAUGCGAGGAAGUCCUGCAGUUCUCAUUUAAAUACUUUGGUUAAAUUAUAAAAGCCCUUUUUUUCUGUCAGAAGGUGGACCCCUGGCCCUUUUGUUUGAAGCUAUAAACCUGCUGCUCUAAAGGCUUUCUGUUGGAUUAUCAGGACUCUGCUGAAGGUCUUUGAUCCGGUACCAUCUCAUCGCUUUUUCACGUUCCUCCACUCUUGACAUUGAGGUUUUUUUUGUGGGAUUACGUACUAACCCUUGGGACGUCCUCUUCAAGCAUCCUUUUUUCUUCAGGAAUACAAACUUUACCCGACAUAAUGGCCCAGCAGAGGAGCAGCAGAGGAGGCUGAAGGGCAGAUGGCUGCUGGAAAACACCAACAGCUGGAUGAAUAAAACAUUCGGAUGGAGAGGGAGUCGUGACGUCUGGCUGAGGAGUGACUGACUCUCCUCUUUUUUUCUGCUUCUUCUGUUCGCUCUUUGCGCUGCUCCAUCCCGUCUUUUAUUUCUCUCGAGGACGAAGGAGUCCAAACAAGCCGGCGCCUUCGCUCGUUCCUCCAGAGCUGUGCGAUGCUGCGCCCCCUCCUCUCGGCCCUGGAGACAUGCCCGUGCAGGAGAUGGCGGUGAGUCCUGUCAAGUCCCUGUUCUGGGAGCAGCUGCCCCCCAUGCAGCAGCGCCGCGUCUACUGCACCCCCGUCCACCACGACGGCCUCCUCUACGUGCUGGGCGGCUGCAGCGAGACCGGCGCCCCCCUGGACAGCGUGGAGGUCCUGGACGUGGAGAGCCAGACCUGGAGCCAGCUGGCCCCGCUGCCCACCGCCCGGGCGGGGGCCUCGGCCGUGGCGCUGGGGGGCCAGGUGAUGGUGCUCGGGGGCAUGAACCAGCAGCAGACCCCGCUGGCCUCUGUGGAAAUGUACCACCCCGACGAGGGCAAGUGGGAGACCAGGGCCGGCCUGGGGCAGCCGUCCAUGGGGGUCACCACCGUGGAGAAAGACGGGAAGGUUUAUGCGUUGGGCGGGAUGGGAGCCGACACGACGCCUCAGGCUCUGGUCAGAGUCUACGAGGCCGAGAAGGACCAGUGGCAGCCGAUGACCUCCAUGCCGACGCCGCGCUACGGAGCCACGCCCUUCCUAAGAGGAAACAAGAUCUACAUCAUGGGUGGCCGUCAGGGGAAGAUGCCGGUGACGGCGCUGGAGUCCUUGGACCUGGAGAUGAAGAGCUGGACCCGCUACCCCUGCAUCCCCAGCCGGAGGGCCUUCUCCUGCUGCACCACCAACGAGAGGAGCCUCUUCAGCCUGGGGGGCCUCCAGCAGCCGGGGCCCCACAACUUCUACUCCAGGCCUCACUUCGUCAGCACCAUGGAGGAGUACGACCUGGACCAAGGUAUCUGGAUCAAACCCACCCGAACGUCCAGGAUGAGGGAGAAGAGGGCCGACUUCGUGGCAGGAUGUCUGGGUGGGAGAGUCAUCGUAGCUGGUGGUUUAGGUAACGAGCCGUCGCCGCUGGGCACCGUGGAGAGCUACAACCCGGUGAAGCGGCGCUGGGAGUACGUGGCCCCGAUGCCGACCCCCCGCUGCUCCUCGGCGCUGCUGCAGACCCCCAGCAUGCUGUUCGUCAUCGGCGGCGUGGCGCAGGGACCCAGCCACGCCGUGGAGGCCCUCUGCUUACAGGAAACAGUGUGACACACGCAAACAAACAACACGGCAAGAAACUACACUCACGUAUGUGCAGAAACACAAGCACAUGAAGCGGAGCUUAGGAUGCUUUUCUACCUGACGGAUCCCUCUCGUAGACUCUUUUUCACAUUCAACGAGCAUUUUCAGACGAACGGAGAGCUGGACGAAUACAACAUUAAAGGAUGCCGAAGCUGCGACCGGCAAGGACACAAAAACUGACAGCUUUUCCCCUGUUUUUUACUCUGGGGAAAUCAGAGAAAGACAAAAAAAUGAAAAUAAAACCCCCAGACACUCAGACAUCGUGUCUGCAGAAACAACACGCCUUUGAAACUGUUGAGCAUUUUUCAGAAUAAAAGCAGGGUACUUUUCUGGAUACUUAAAGGAACAUAGGGCCAUAUACCUGAAUCUCUCCUUUGCAGCGGCGCCGUUCGGACACUUUUCUACGACCUUACAAACAACACUUUGUUCAGUUCUGGGGAUGUGAAUGUGUGAUUCAGUUCUAACCCUUUUUCAGUGUUCAAUCUUCUCCCAGAAGUCCAUCCACCUUCUGAAACCAGUGAAACCUUCGGCCCAUGUUGACCACAGUAGCUGCAUUUUCUUGGUUUCUAGCCGACUGUGGUCAGAUUGGCCGACACCUUGCUCUGCAUCCGUCCAUCCGUGCACCACGUUCAUCCAUCGGCGAGCUCGGAUGCUGACUGAGUAACUCACAGCUCAGAUAAACAUCUCUUUCUCAACACGUUACAUCAUUUUCUCCUCGAACGAUCGCGGUUCACUUUAUUCUUUACCUCAACCCGACAUCCGGAAGGUUUGACAGAUGCAUCGGGAUGAUACCAGGGCAACACUUUCAGAGCAAAUUUUUUAUUCUCCAGGAAGGAAAUUCACAGACUAGUGCAAAAAUCAUACAAUAUGUAAGGAUUAGGGAGUCAUGUUAAAGGUUUCCUAGGAAAAUAAUUUAUAGUAGAGUGAUAAAAGUUCUGAAAUAGCAUGUUUUGGAUGAACACAGUUAUAAUAGCUGCACAAACAUAAAUGCCAGAGGUGUCUACUUACAGAGAUUCUCCACAAAAAGUCAUCUUUUCUGUGUAAAAUAUUCAUAAAAGGAAAAGUUUGCAGCUUGCAGAGGAGGCAAAACAAUGUUCGGUUCCAAAACUAACUUUUCUUUGAAUACAAGUCCUUAAAUAUUCUACUGCUAGUGUCAAAUUGCAUGAAACACAAUUAGUUGAUUGAGUAUAAAUGGUUAAUAUCUUUACAAACUUCAUUGCAAUUCCAUGCAAACUCCUCAACUCUCACCCAAAACUCUUUAUAAAAUUUGUAACCAGAAUCUGUUACACUAAUAGUUACAACAGAUUCAAGUCAUUUUUUUUGAUGGUUUCUCUGUAAAAUAAUUUCUAGCAGCGUGAUAAAAGUUCUGAAAUAGCAGGUUUUGGUCAAACACAGUUAUAAUAGCUGCACAAACAUAAAUGCCAGAGGUGUCUACUCAGAGAAUUUCUCCACAAAAAGUCAUCUUUUGUGUAUAAAACAUUCAGAAAAAGAAAACUUUGUAGCUUGCAGAGGAGGCAAAACAAUGUUCAGUUCCAAAACAAACUUUUCUUUGCCUAAAAAUCCUGAAAUAUUCAACUUCAUGCAUAAAACAGGAAACACAUUUAGUGAUAUAAAGGGUUCAAAUCUUUAUCAAUUCCAUGCAAACUUCUCAACUUUCACCCAAAGCUGAGAGAGCUUUCCAAAAGUAAUGCAAACUGGGUACUUGGAAUCCGUUACACUAAUAGUCACAGAGGAAAACAGCAGUUUAUUGCAAUGCAUUUUAAUGAUGGCUGUCUGUUAGCCACCAAGCUAACACCAUUAGCCGCCUCUCCAUCCUACAGCAGAACGUUUGAUACUCAAAAGGCAGAUUUUUUCUGGACAUGAGUUUGGUUUGGGGCUGAAAGUGCAGCUUUAUCUAAAGAAUCAGGUAUAAAAGGUGAAAGAUGAGCUGCCUUGUGACAGAACAGACGAGGUCGGGCUGGAAAACGAGGAGACAUCACUAGUGAAGCUAGAACCAGAAUUGUUUUUAGUCUGGUGCAUAUUUUGGAAUAUGCACACAGUUAAUGCACCAGAACACCAGAGUCAAUCAAGGUUUAGCCGGCUUUGUCCCACAAGGUUGCACACUGUAGAAUUAUAAACUUUUACUGAGAUAAUUUGCUGCAAAAUGUCAAAAAUAUAAAAUUUAUGUAUCACAUAAAAGCUAAUUUACCCAUUACAGCUAACGUAGAUGAUGCACAUUUAUUUAAAUUUGCAUUAGUCGUCUUUCUUAUUGGCUGGGGAAUAGAAGUUUAUUGGAUUUCACCGGAGUUUAUUGUGCAUUUAUGUGAUUAGAAAAUAAUGAUCGAGUCCUGCUACACCUCUGCAACCUUAACAGACGAUGAAUCAUCUGAAGAUGAUGUUCCUCUCCGACAUCCAAGCUGUUUAAACUGUGAAAAAGACCCAGAUGAGUAAAGAGAGCUGCCUCCAGGCCCCAGAAUCACCACUGUUUCCUCCACACGGCAUCUGUUUUUCUGGCCGACCUUCUUACAUCAGUUGCUGUUGCGUCUAAUUUACCGCUUUACAUACGAGCCACAAACUCGUCACGUAUAUUUGCACGAACACGCAGGAAAACACAAACACUCCUGCAGCCUGAUUACAUGUUUAUUCCAUCUGUUGUUUGAGAUCUUUGACCCUCUUCAGCUGUGGAUUCGUUGCUGUGGAAUUUCAGCGACGUCGAGGCAGAAAGAGAGACUCCAGCAACACCAACAGAGCAGCAGUUCAUGCAAGCAUCAGUUCUGAUGAUUCUCUCUGAUCUUUGGGUUUAUACUGUAGUUGGUCAGAUUUAGAUUUCAGAACAAUGUGGAGAAAACCAGUCUGUUUAGUCACAUCACAAUAGACAAUAUCUAACCUCCUGCAGCGUCUGUUGGUCUCAAGGUCUAAAGGAAAAAUGACUUUCCCCUUCCCUGUAGGAAGGGGAAAGUCAUUUUUCCUUCCCAUUCCUGACAGCAUCACAGACAUAUUUUUAGGAAUCAGUAAGAACCGCUGAUGCAGCUCAGGUCAUAAUUAUUCGACCACUUUGAGAACUGUUUUCUGCAGCCUCCUUUGGUUCAAAAAGUGCUGUUUUCUUCUUGAGGUGGACGCUGGUUUGUAGAUGCCAAACUUGUUCGGAGCAUCUUUCUCACUCAUCGCUCUUCAUUACGCACCAAGAUGUUUUCUAGUAUUUUUGAUCACUUAAAGCAGUUUUUAACGUUAUUUAUAAUCGAGCUAAUUCAUUAUAGGCCCCUUUUUAAAAUUAAUUUUAUGUCUUGUGCAGUUUUAGAUCCACAAGGAGAAUAUUAGAAUCUUACAUUAUCCUUGUCAUCUCACAAUUUUACUCUUACUCUUUGUUGAGUGAUUGUGCACAAAAUAAUAGCAACUCAACAAAAGUUUCCAGCCGCCAAAGUGUGAAUUUUGAAAUCAUAUUUCUAAGCGUAAUUUGUUGCAUGUAUUUAAUUAUUAUUGUUGCAGUUUUGAAGCAGAAUUUGAAUGCUCAAGGCCUGUUUUGUGGACUUUUUAAAAGAAAACAACAGCUGGUUUUAUAACUACAUAAGUUCUCCACUUGCAUCCACAGGCUCGUGGUUUUAAAAACACACUGUAUGAGGUAAUAACUGUUUCCAUGUUUCUGGACAGUUUUUCAUGAUGCAGGACCAAAAGUCUGCUUCUGAGGAAAGCUGAACCUGCCACAGCAGAAAGAACAUUCUGUUUUAACUACCUGGAUGCUGCAAAGCACAAGUUUAAAUGUCAAACAGCUGCUUAUUUACUCGUCCAGCAGAUUCAGAACAACUGGACAGUUUCAGUUGAGGAUAAUAUGACUCUUUAGGUGCUUCCAGCUCUGUUUAUGUUCACCAGCUAGCAGCAGACUGUUGUUAUUCUGUUUGUUGGAGCUGCAGUAGAAGUUUGAUGGGCUGAAGAGCCAAUCUGCAGUAAGAGAGCUGCAGGGAACUGGCAGCAGCUCGAUAUAUUUAACUUUGAAAGCUGAAUAUUACAAGGAGAAUCAGGACGACACAUUUAGCGGCUUUAGAGGCUCCUCUCACAUGGUCAUUUGAUCCAGUUUGAUCUAAAAUAUUUACUAGUGCACCGUUAAAGCUGCAUUUACUGGCUCUUUAUCCAUUCGGCUGCACGACAAGUAAAAAACACGUCUGACACAUUAUUGGACAGGUAACCAAGGAUUCGCAUUUUUACAUUUUGUAGAAAUGUAGAGUUGAAUUCAAAUGUCAUUGCAAAGUUCUCCCAAACACAAAACAUGUCUUUAGCUUGGCGGAUGUUCAACCAGCUCGUGUACGGUGAAUUAAUCUGAGUUUUUUAACAAAAACACAAGUUUUCAGGCUGCAGAGUGACAACAAUGAGCUCAAAGAGGCAAAAACAGCUGCACAGUGCUCCAGAUUUGGGUUUUCUUUCUCUAUGCGUCAUCGUUUGAUGUAUUGUUAAUAUAAAAUAUAUUCAUAAAUGCAGCUUUAAAGCUACAUUUAUUGAUAUUUUCCCACUUGGCUGCAUCAGAAAUUGAAAACACAACAGCUGAAACAUUACUGGAGGUGUAAGCAAAGGUUUGCAUUUCUAAUUUUGCAGAAAUAGAGCAACAUUAGCAUGUGUUUGGAGCUCAGACGCUCGUGUUUCUCACAGAAAGCACAAGUUUUCAGGCUGCAGAGUCACAACAAUGAGCUCAAAGAGGCUAAAAAAGCUGCACAGGGCUGCAGAUUCUAGUUUUAAUUCUCUACACGUCGUCCUUUGAUGCACUGUUAAUACAAAACAUAUUCAUAACUACAGCUUUAACACAGCAGUGACAUCCUGUUUGUGCCUGUCUUUGUGCGUCUACAUUCACAUUUCUGCCGUGUGAUUAUGUCUGCGUGGGUGCAUGAUUGUUACUGUGCUUUUCCGUGGGUGCAUGUGUGCAAAUCUGUGACACUAUUGUUGCAGGAAGCUCUCUUCCAUCCAGUUUGCUGCAGCCCCAGAGGAACUCUGGGUUGUCGCCAGGGCAGCUCUCUCCAUAUUACUCAUCUGGUUUUCAGUUUAAAGCCAAGAGAAAGACAACUUUUCUCUCCCGCUGUGACCCCGUCGGAUCGCCGUAUUGCCAACACGACUCACAAAUGUUGUGUUUGGUAGAAAAAGACGCGUCGUGAGUCUGCUUCUCUGGCUGCAGAUGUGAGGCGUGUGCCAGCUGGUUGGAGAGGAAUCCCUCUGCAGAACUAGAGAUGAUGCUGCAGCACAGCGAGCAGCUCAUUACAAGCUGCACUUUAUUAGAACGGAAAUGUGUUCUCACGGGAUGAAUUAAUACGGUUUGAGUUCGAGCUUCUAGGAAGAAGUCAGGUUUGUGAAAUGUGGGGAAAAGGGCAUUUUACAAACAAGUGUCCUAAAACCACCAUGCAGGUUUUUACUACGACAUGGUACCAGGCACCGAACUCACAAAAGACGUUCGAACGCUCAUUUUUUAGGCCCCCAGAAAGUUGCUUUGUGUGUUAUUACCUCUCUGCUUGGCGACGCAUUCAGGGCCCCGUCGGAACGUUCGGCGCCUCGAUUCACAAAAACAAGGCCAGAAGACUCAGGUUCUGACAGAACGACGAGGCCGAGCGGGAGGACGGAGAAUUCACACUGCUUUCACUUUUACAAAUCCAGAACUGUGUCUUAUUUCUGACAAUGAAAAGCCUCUCCAGUGUUUUUUCCUUUAUUUUCCUUUUUUCUUUUCGUGCGGGAAAUUUCCUCGCAGGUAGCAUAAAUGUGUUCCUUUUGACAUUAGCACAUGUUCUUGUCUUUUUUCUCCAUUUUUAAAAUACCAAACACCCCCUCGAUUAUUAUGGAUUAAGUGAUCGGGAUUAGAUAUCUGAGUAUUUUUGUUGUUAGUUGUUCAUGUUCGUUGAUUAUUUCUGCCCUCCGGUUGUUUUGUGUUAUCGGUGGAGGUGUGUCGUGAGCCGGGUUCCCCCAAAGUGUUCCUCACUAGUUGCGUGUUCUUGCAGAGCUUUUUGCUUCGGCUGAAAGUAUAUUUUUGAAUAGAAGUAUAUGUUUAUUUUCACCACGGACGAGAUGCAGAAGAGAAAUGUUCAUAUAAAGCAGAAAAGAAAGGCUAAAAGAGAUACAAAAAGCUGUGUAUUUUAUUCAUAUUUCAAUGUGUUGGCUGAGUUUUUAGCAGAUUGUGAAAGGAAACUCCAGUUGAAUUUCAUUUUGUGGUUGAAAACACGUCUGUCGUUCACUCUGGUGGGUUUUAAACUAGUGUUCAGACAUUCUGAGAAACACAAACCCAGUAUCUCCCUCCUGAACUGCUUUGUGGUCUCCGUGGAUCAGUAUUUCUUAGACAAAGAGAGAAAAACCAUCUGGCGUUUGUGUCAAGGAGGCGUGACGACACUUAAAUAUAUCCUGAUUUAUGUUCUUACACUUAUUGUGUUUUAAUGGGUGAACAUUUAGUGGUAGAAGCAGCUUUCAGUCAAACAGAAGCACAGAGACUAUGCACUAACGGUGCAGCUUCACCCUCAAGUGAGUCGGAUAUGAGAACAUUUACUGUUUAUUCAAGUUGUACAAGUGUGACAAACAGAAGGUUUUAAAGGUUUUGCAUGAAGAUAAACAGAAAUAUUUAAGAAUUCAUGCACAAUUAGGGAAAAUAACAUUCUGAGCAACAGUGUUUGAGCACUUAUUUCACUAUUUAAUAUAAUACUCCAUUUAUUUUACACAUGAAGCUCUGAUUUCAUCCAGUAUGUGAGUUAAAAUCAGGAUACAGAGAGUUAAAUUCUCGGCUAGUUCAAUGCAAUUCGUCGUUCAGGAUGUUUUCAAUCAGUCUAUUUGACAGCUGAAGCCCAUUUCUGAGAUUUAUGAUCCAAUUGAUCAAUUACUUUGCUAGAAAAUCUCAAAAAAUGUAAGCAUGGGAAACAGAUGUAGUUUGUCUUUUUUGUCCAUAAAACUCACAGAUUUUUAUCUAAAAUCAUAUUUUUCCAACUUUAAUCUACACAGUUUUUACACCUUUCUGCAAAAAACCUGCAUUUCUUUUCUUAAAAUAUGAAGAAAAAACCCAUGACAUGUAGAGAACAGCUACAACAAAUUCCUUUCGAGACAUUUUAUCCAAUUUAUAACAUCAUGUUUACAAGUAAAAAUCUCACAAUUACAAGCUCUGGACUUUAUAUUUUUGAAAUAUUUUUGGGAAUUUGUCACAUUAAACGUUACUGACCAAUUCAGUGCACUUUGUUUCCCCAACUGUCAACAUAUAGGCUAAAUAAUAUUUUCUAAAUGGUAAUAUUACACUGAUUUAGUCUUGUAAAAGUUCACAAGUGAUGACUUUUAACAUUUAAUGUGACAAAUUCCAAAAACUAACUUUUUAGAGGUUGACGUGAUGUGAGGCUAGCAGUUUCCCUUUGUUUCCAGUCUUUAUGCUAAGCUACGCUAAUGACCUCUGGCUCCAGAUGUGGUGUUGAUUUUUAUAUCUGUCUUUCAAUCUCUAAAAAAUUACAGUUAUUUCUAAAAGCUCAUACUAGUAAACUCACAUUUUGUUGAUUUGUGGACUGGUCACUUGCAUUUAAAAACUAAAUCCGAUCGCUUGAGGGUGAAGCAUCACUCAGCAGUAAACACCAAACGCAGCACGUCAUGCUGUUGUGAUCGAGGUGCUUUUCCUUCACCUCAGAUGUACAAAGUUCUUCUAAUCCCUCUGACGACCAACACGAUUCGGCUACUGCCUGUUUCCAGGAGGACGAGUCGCUGCUCACCAGGACAGAGAACAAAACCGGACACGUUACUUUAGUUAUUAUAAUUCCUGGUAUAAUAAUGACGGUAAUCGCGGUGAUAUUCAUUGUUGUGGUUGUUUUUUUUCCCUGGGUUCUCUGUAAUAGAUAAACGUGAUGCUGCGGUGUGUUUUUGAACUGUUGAUUGGGAUGGAAAAGAGAACAAAGAGCGAUUGAGCUCAUAUUAAAGAGCAGGAUGGGGGUGAAUUAGUGGGAUGAUGUGAUGUUCACAGGGAAAGGCUGCCUCCCCUCAACAAAGCCUGCCAGACUCGCUGCUGCAGCCACAGAUACCAUCAGAUGGGGUUUAAAACGAUAGCAAGGAUUAGCAUUAACAGCUACAUGACUCUGGUUGAUAACUUCAUUAUGAUAAAAUUCAUUUUGCCACCUUGAAGGGAGCAAAAGUGCUGAGAAGUCACUCUAGUCAGCAUUAAUUUAGAAUAUACGCUUCGGCAUGGUGGCCCAGAGAGCUCCAUUUGAGGAAACACAUGCAAAAAGACAAAAUAUAUGCAGAUUAACAACACUUUUCUUCAAAAAUUUAGGACAAAAAUCAUGUUGCUAAUACAGAAAACACAACAAAAUGCAGAAACUGGCUGCAAAGACUUCCACUCAACACUGUUUCCAAACCCUUGUCCCAGAUGCUUCAAAAAUUAUUCGAAAUGUGUCCAAAAUAACUUGAAAAUGAUCCAGAAUUACCGAAAAAUUUCCAGAAAGGAACUAAAACACAGAAAAUUUGUUCGGAAUGACAUGAAAAUAGUCUAAAAUGACUGGAAAUUUACCAAGAUCAAUCAGAAUUUCUCUCAGAUAAUUGAAAAUUAUCCAGAAUGACCGAAAAUUUGCAAACUGACACUAAAUUUGGCCAAAAAGCUUUAAAAACCCAUGCAAAAUUUGUCUAAAAUUAAUUGAAAAUGAUCCAAAAUUGCAGAAAAUGUGUCCAAAAUUACACAAAAGUUGUCAGAAAAUACAAAAAUCUUCCCAAAAUGAAUCAAAACUUAUCCAAAACCACUUAAAUCUGUUCAUAAUAAGCUGAAAAUUAUUUAAAAAUGACUGAAAGCUUGGAGGAUGACAUGAGGCAGAGUGGUCUAACCCACCAAAACUCAAAUUUAGACCAUAUUUUAUGGUCUAGAUUUGAAUUUGAGGAAACGCAUGCAAAAAGACAAAAUGCAUGCAGAUUAACGACACUUUUCCUCAUAAAUUUAGGGAAAAAAUAUGUUGCAAAUACAGAAAACACAACAAAAUGCAGCUGCAAACUGCAAAGACUUCCAGGAAAAAAAAGUUUCCAAAAUGUAGUGGUGCAUUAGUGUGAAAAUCAAUGAGCUAGCAUGCUAGGUUAGCAUGUAUUUCAUCAAGGUUGAGCUACUGCGACAAGCACGCCAAACCCCCCUGCAGACGUUUAGAUUCUAGUGUUUUUUUUGCAUGUUUUUUCUUCAUAAAGUCUCAGGAUCACUGUGCUGUGCCUCAUUUAAUCUGCACAGCUCAAAACUCAAAGCUAAAAGAUGCAAAAAAAACCCCAAUCUGUAUAAGAAAGCUGCACCUGGUCUGGAGAGCGGUUUUGGUUAAAACUGCUGCUUUCCUGGAGUAAUAGUGGACUUUUAAGGAACGACAAAUGCAGACUGAGCUUUGCUUUUAGCUUUUUGUCACUAAAACUGCAGCAAACAAGGCUAAAGUUAGCCUGAUUCUGACAAACUAACAACCUGUAGGUGGGGUUAGCAGCAUUUACAUGUCCAGUUGCAGCACUAACUCCUCAGAUACAGGAGCAUCUGUGAGUUUUCUUCUUCGUUGUUGCAGCAGCGACGUUUCUCGCAGGCUUUGGCUCUGAGACCGAGUCGUGGCCGUGACUCCAGUGCAGUAGUUCAGUGCCUAAACUAAAUGUGAGGUAGUGCCUCGACUAUGAAUCCUGUUCUAUAAUAAACUAUUUUGACUUGCUGUCUGA